GUUAUAGCAGGCUUUGCUAUGGCAGAUAUGAACGCAACUACUGUCGAUAUGUCGUUAUAUAUGUACGUUUACAAGUUAGAAUAUACAAGAUGGGCAGUGUUUACAUUAUGGCUUGUGACUUUUCUUAUUGGUGUUCCGGGCAAUCUGAUGAUUGUGUCCGUUUACUGGGCAAGCGGGAUUAAGACAAGCACCCGGGUGUUCAUUGGUUCCCUUGCUGUGGCCGAUCUCCUGAUGUGUUUGUUAAAGUUUGCGGACGCAAUAGUAAUCGCAUCUGUACGUGAUUUUUUAGCUUACGACCUUGACAGUUCUAUUUACUUUUUGGGUGUUGGGCUGCUGUACUCGACGGCAUUGUUAACGACGGCGAUCGCGUUCGACCGAUUUGACGCCGUAUGUCGUUCCUUACGGCGCACAAUGACGCUCCUAAGGGCGAAAGUAGUCUCCGCUCUGUGCUUUGUUGUUGGUUUUAUCGGCAUAAUUCCAGAGGUGGUGCUGAAAAUCCAAACCGACCGCAACGGAGAAGUUGACACUUUCGACCAGGCGAUCGUGAAAGCGAUACCGCUUUCAAUUUACGCCACUUCGCUUCUGAUCGUCACUGUUUUGUACUCUGGUAUCUUUGUGUUUUUACGAAAACGGGAACAAGUUGAGUCGCGUGAGGUGGUUCCCCACACCAUGCAACAUGGAGUACGUUUAAGCAAAGCUGGUCCUCUUGUUGAGGAACGUGUUUCGUAUAUUGCCGACAACGUUGCGUCAGACGCACGCGAUCCAGGGGCAGUAUGGGCCGCCAAACGGCCCGACGUCGGUGGAGCGUCCCUCCCAUCAACUAAAAACUCACAAGGCUCAAAUGAAGCUUACAGCGUCGCCUCAACUAGCACACAACGCUCGGAGACUGACCGGUGCAAAGCUCAUCGCCGUCCUGGCGGCACAAACCAGGCUCGCACAACAAGAAUGUUGUUAAUCACAACUCUUACGUUUUUCAUUCUGUGGUUUCCGUUUGCUUGUCUGAAGGUCUACGCCCUCGGAACCUUGUUCACGGACUUUCAGAAGUCUCACCAUCACGCCAACUUAGUCUCUGCGUUGUUUGUUCUAAAAGACAUCACCUUUCUGAACAGUAUCAUCAAUGUGUUUAUAUAUGGCACGGCGAAUAGGCGCUUUCGACUCGAAUCUGAACGCGUGGUGAAAAACAUCAGAGCGAGGUUCGGGUGAAACGUCACAGAUACAAAGCUGCUUUCAUUUUCCUAAUAAUGCAUUAACCAUCAUUUUGUCCUCGCUACUUUUCACUGAUUGGUUUGUUGCCACCCCAUUAUUUGUAGAUUAAUAGCUUUCUUUGGCUGUAAUCCUCCUGCUUUGUUCUUGACGCCUUCCCUCAAUUUAUUAAUCCUCUUUUUUUGUAUACUGUAAUAUGGAUAUGUUUGUGUUUGUGCUUAAAGGCAGUUGACACUAUU